GACAAUUCUCAGCCAAUUCAGCAUAUCAACUCUCUCCUCAAUACUCGAGCUAGAAAACACUGAAAAUAUACACAAGUAAAAUAUUUUUUUCCCAAAACAAAAAAGGGGAUGGCAUUCUCCAAUAGGAAAAACCUAUUCAGAACUCUAUUGGUUUUGUCGUUAUUAGUAGCUUGGAUUCAAGUUGGAGCAAUGAGGCCACUGGAUGGGGAGCUUGUGGUUCAAUCACUCCCUCGAGGACCGGUGACACCAUCGGGUCCCAAUCCAUGCACCAACAUCCCUGGAAGAGGAGGUGGCGUCUGCAAGCUGGGUGUCAUUAACGUAGCCGGUAAUGUUAUGCACUCUCCUGCUGUAUUUCCCGGCGUUGUGGCUGAGUUUGGGGUGGCUUCCACUGCCAAGAGGUCUCAUGAUGAAGACAUGAGCUCUUAAUAGCUAACAACUUCAGCAAUCCAAAACUCAAAAAUAUACAUACUAAUCUGAUCAAAAUUUUCUACUUUCUGUAUUUUUUUCAUCAUAUACUUGUAAAUUCUUUUCAUUAUUCUUUCUUGGGACAGCCAAUCCAAAUAAUCUUUUUUUUU